UCUUCCUUUCCGACAAGCAUUGGUGACUUAAAAACAACAUAGGAGAAUUGUGUUUGGUCGUACAAGAGGAUUACUUUGUGCUACCUUAACACUUUUCCACACGUCUUUGGCACUUUUUAAUUAUUCUUUUGGAGGCCCAUGCUUCUGUAAUUUAUUUAGAUUUGUUUCUUCAAAGGAAAGUUCUCUCCAUGAGAUUCCAGUCCUCCGCGCGCACUUGAUCUCGGCGGGAGGAAGCGGACGAAAGGAAGAUGGCCAUCCACGCCGAGGGUCUCGUGGCUAUCGUGAUCUUCUACCUCCUGAUUCUGGUUGUGGGGAUCUGGGCCGCGUGGAAGAACAAGAACUCCGGUGUAAGCGAGAGCGGAGACCGGAGCGAGAGCAUCAUGGUCGGGGGAAGGGACAUCGGAUUGUUCGUUGGUGGAUUCACAAUGACCGCCACUUGGGUGGGUGGGGGUUACAUCAACGGGACAGCAGAGUAUGUCUACCUGCCAGACUACGGUCUGGCUUGGGCACAGGCACCCUUUGGUUACGCUCUCAGCCUGGUAGUAGGUGGCCUUUUCUUUGCCAAGCCUAUGCGUUCACGUGGAUACGUCACCAUGCUGGAUCCCUUCCAGCAGCUGUAUGGAAAAAGGAUGGGCGGCCUGCUCUUCAUCCCCGCACUCAUGGGAGAAAUCUUCUGGUCUGCAGCCAUUUUAUCUGCCCUGGGUGCCACUCUGAGUGUGAUCGUGGACAUAAACAUCAACAUGUCGGUGGUGAUAUCAGCCCUGAUAGCUAUCUUCUACACACUUGUUGGAGGACUCUACUCUGUUGCAUACACAGAUGUGGUCCAGCUCUUCUGUAUCUUUUUGGGCUUGUGGAUCAGCGUGCCUUUUGCCCUGUCCAAUCCUGCAGUGUCGGACAUCAGUGUUACAGCCAAGGAAGUAAUCUACCAGUCACCCUGGCUGGGGAAGAUUGAGCCUGAAGACAAAUGGCUCUGGGCAGACAAUUUCUGUUUGCUGAUGUUGGGUGGGAUUCCCUGGCAGGUCUAUUUUCAACGGGUUCUUUCUGCCUCUUCAGCUACCUACGCCCAGGUCCUUUCCUUCCUCGCCGCCUUCGGUUGCCUAGUCAUGGCCGUACCCUCUGUCCUCAUAGGAGCUAUAGGGGCUUCCACUGACUGGAACCAGACUACUUAUGGGUCCAUCCCUCCGAAGGAUAAGGAUCAAUCAGACAUGAUCCUUCCUAUAGUGCUUCAGCACCUCUGCCCGCCCUACGUCUCCUUCUUUGGUCUGGGGGCGGUGUCAGCUGCGGUCAUGUCAUCAGCAGACUCAUCCAUUCUCUCAGCCAGCUCCAUGUUUGCCAGGAACAUCUAUCAGCUCGCCUUUCGGCAGUCGGCCUCAGAUACUGAGAUAGUUUGGGUGAUGCGCUUCACCAUCUUUGUAUUCGGAGCUCUUGCCACUGCUAUGGCUUUGUUAACAGGAUCUGUGUAUGGCCUGUGGUACCUGAGCUCCGACUUGGUCUAUGUCAUCAUCUUUCCCCAACUUAUCAGUGUGUUAUUCGUCAAGGGCACCAACACCUAUGGUUCUGUGGCUGGCUAUAUAUUUGGUCUUUUGCUGCGCAUUGGUGGAGGGGAGCCCUAUCUCAAACUCCCUCCUUUCAUCUACUACCCUGGUUGGGUGAACCAGGAGAGGAUCCACCACGUCACUGGGGAAGUAGAGCACUUUAUCCAGCAGAGGUUCCCCUUCAAGACUAUGUCCAUGCUGGCAUCCUUCUUGGCAAAUGUGGUCUUUUCUUACCUGACAAAGUACCUAUUUGAAAGCGGUAUGUGGUCACACAAGUACGACUUCCUGGACGCCGUGGUGUCCAAGCAUAGCAAGGAGAUCAUGGACAAAGCCACGCUGGUGAGCAACCAAGAUAACAUCAUUCUUUCCGAGAUGGCACCGGUCAAGCAGGCCCUGGGCACGUCACUUGCUGGGACAUUCAUCAACACUGAUGUCCUCAGUGAUGAUGGGCCGUCCAGUCCAGAGGCUUUACUCAAUGAAAACUAGGCAACAAAGGCACAAAGAAAACUAAACCAAGGAAUUUGAAGACGAAGGAAUAAUCCAAGAGGCAUCGACAUUCUUCAGGAAACUUGCUACUGCCGCACGGGAAGCCAAAUCAACAGAAAUCUGCUGUGGCUUCCGAGUGACUCCACAAGUUUGUUUUAUGCUGAUUACAUGGUGCCUCCUUCUUUUUUAAGAUCCCAGGACGUUGACUGUCAAUCAGCUGUGUCAAGCAUACCAUACUCAUGCUUUUUUUUAAAUCAUGAUUCUGUGAAUCUAUUUUAAUUUAAGUGCUGCAACAGUGAUCAGAAGGACUUUCAGAGGAAAACAAAGAGUGAGUGCAGUGGACAUUGACAAGGGUUUGCUGUGGAUAAUGAGAAUAGUGCAAUAUCUAACCAAGGAGUUGUGUCCAUGUCAUGCGUGUCCACGUAAUAGCAGUGUGUGUGUGUGUGUGUUUGUGUGUGUGUGUGUGUGUGUGUGUGUGUGUGUGUGUGUGUGUGUGUGUGUGUGUGUGUGUGUUGAUGAACAUGCACAUGUGUACACAUGCAACAAAGCAGUGAAUGCUCCAGAACCUUUUCAGGCUUUGAGUUGUAAGUUUGCAUAAAGUAAAUGUAUUAAUAGAGCAAUAAUAUUUGUAGGAUCUAUGUUGUAUAGAUACAUAGAUACAUUGAACUGAAUUUGCAAGUUACUGUCAUUGAUAUUUAAUUUUUAAUUUUUUGCUUAUUUUGUCUCAUGUUCACCUUGCUCUUAAAUUUCCUCUCAUAAUCGCUAAUCCCAGACACAGUACAUGUCGAAUUAAGAACCACAUGCCAUCAUAUUACCUAACCCUUGACUCGCCAAACAGAAGGUUGAUAUUGGAUGAUUCUGCAGAUUACGUUCAGUCUUAAAAAAAUGUAACGUUCACUGCCAACAUGUUUGAAAUCCAACAAUAUCCCCAUGUUGCAAAUACAAAAUGGUAUAAUCAAGAUCCACUUGAUGAAUGUAAGUCCAAUAUUCACUCUCCUUUUAGCUCUGUUUUGGUCUCCACUAACUCCUGAGUUAAAUAUGUGGCUAUUUAGCUGCUAAAUACUCCACUAUGUUCACCAGCUAGUCACUUACUAUGACAGGUAGUGUACGGGUUUAUCAAAGUGUUUUGUUGUAAAGAGCUGCCUCAAGGGGAGUAGUAAGAGUGAACCAAAAAAACUUAAGUUGCGGGCCCGAAAAACCCCAAACAAUGGCCUGAAGGACUC